ACUGUCUAUCCACUGGUCACAGUGUCACAGACAGAAGGAAAAUUGAAUUGAAUACGUUCUCAGUUUUUUGUAAUAAUGUUACAAUAUGAUUUGUUUUAAUUUUGUUGUAUUUAAUAACGUAAUAAGUGUUUAUAUUGAUUUGAUCAUAAUCUUUCAAAAUAAUUAUAAACGAUAGUGUUUCACUUGAUCUGAGAGUUGAUCUCGGUAAUCAACAUUGACUAUCGAUAUCUAGAAACGAUUUUUAUAUUUUUGUAGGUUAUUUUAGUUGUCAUUCUGCAGUUGCAUCACAGUGGUUGCAUUUUACAAGUUAGUGAUUGUUGAAACUGAGAAAUAAAAUUUUGCUUCAAUUUUUACAAUGUCGUCUCUAUUAAUUGGGAUACGUUCAUCUUCAAUUGAUUUUCAGCGUAUUAGAGUGGAUAAUGUUAGCUUUGAAAGUAAAAUUAAGAAUUUGAAAGUGGAAGUUGCCAGUAAAGCUAAUCUGUCAAAAGAUUCUUUUGAACUGGUUUACUGUGGAAAUAUAUUGGAUGAUGAAGCAAGUCUCACAUCUUGCGGCUUGAAGCAUGGCGUGAUGGUUCAUGUGCUGAAGAAAAAAGCAAAAGAUCCACCCAAACCGGCGCAAAAUAUGUCGGAAGCUGAAAUUCAAACUUUGGUCUUAGCUUUCAGAGCUUUGACCCGAUUUGCAACUUACAGGAACGCUUUACAGAGACUGAGCCGACCUGAUAUACUGGAUAAUAUAAUAGCAAUCACUCCUGGAUUAAGUCAGGACCCAGUGGCUAUUUCAAUGAUACAAAAUCCCGAGCUGCUUGCUCGUAUGGGAGAUAUAGAUACUGUGAGACGGAUAGUAGAGGUGCACCCAGCUCUAGCCGAGGUAGCCAAUCAUAUUGUGGCAUCUGUGCACGAGGACUGUGCCCAGGGGGGGAGCCAGUCAGCUGCCCCCGCCUCUGGGUACUCCUAUUCUCUGGAGGCACUCAGUGAUGAUGAUGAGAUGGACUCUUCUCAGUCUUCAGACUCCCAACACCAUGGUCUUUCCAGGCAGGCAUCCUAUUCAACUAUAACAGCUGCCCAUUUAGCGGCUGCUAUUGCUUCUGCAUCAGGAGCGGGAAGCGGUAGCGGAGAGAAUACAGCUAUCACGUCUGAAAUGUUCAACCAAGCCAUGCAAAGAACUCUCUCCAGUAUUGCCACUCCAUCCACCGCCCAGGAUGCCCCAGCUGCAGCAAGUGGAACCGGACCACCAGCUGGUGGCUUGAACCUGCAGAGACAGCUGCAACAGAUGCGCGAGUUGGGUCUAACAGAUGAUGCACUCAACUUGCACGUACUCGCGUUGACCGGCGGUAAUGUCCACGAUGCCAUAGAUCUGGUGUACAGUGGCACCGCGCCACCGCCUCCUUAAUCGUAGCAAAUCGAUUACACUGCUCCACUGCCUUCUUAAUUGAAGCAAAUCGAUGGCACUGCUCCACUGCCUUCUUAAUCGAUUAAACUUUGUCACAGAGAUAAAGAAAUGGUAAAAAACAGUUCAUAUACAGUAAAACUUGAUAAUUAUUUAAUUAUUUUUCUGUUCAUUUAUGUUUCGAUUAAAAUUUGUCAGAGAUGAAAAAUUGGCAAAAACACAGAGUUUCUAUCCAAGUCUAUUUGAAAAUAUAUACAAUAAGCAAACAGUUA